ACUAUGAAUUGAUUAUUGAUCGUGUGUGUCCACACGCUGUCGGCAUUGUUGUUUUGUUUGUGUGUGUGUCUGUGUGUCCUCUCUGUCUCUCCUCCUUUAUCUCCUGUCUGUGCCUGUUUGUACUCCUUUUUAUUCACUGUACAGCUCCUGUUUAUCCUCGUAUUUAUCCCUAAUUGUGUGUCCCGUGCUUCCGUCUCGUCCAAACGCCCACUUCGCUUUCUGAUGGAGAUUGAAAACCCACAAUCAGCCUACGAUACAGAUCCGGACAAGAUAAAGCUUUUUGUGGGACAGAUACCAAAAGAGUACGACGAGGAGCAGAUCAAAGCUUUGCUGGAAGAGUUUGGGCCCAUCCACGAGAUUAAUAUCAUAAAAGACAAAGAAAAGAGAUCAAAAGGCUGUGCAUUUGUAACUUACUGUCUUAAGGAGUCCGCUGUAAACGCUCAGCAGAAUUUGCACGAGAAGAGAACGCUACCAGCUAUGAACCAUCCAAUGCAAGUAAAACCUGCAACUCAAUCAAACAGAGACAAAGGAGAAGAUCGUAGACUAUUCGUCGGACAACUCUCGCCAGAAAUGAGCGACGAACAAGUUGCCAAUCUCUUUUCGCCUUUUGGCCUUGUCGAGGAUGUCUCCAUACUCAGGGAUAAAGAUGGUGUGAGCAAGAAAGCUGCUUUUGUGCGCAUGGGGUCAAGAAAUGAGGCAAUGACAGCCAUACAGGGCCUUCAUCAAAGUUGUACACUACCUGGUGUGUCGCAUCCAGUAAAUGUAAAGAUUGCUGACACUGAGAGAGAGAAAGAAAUGAAGCGCUUCCAUCACCAGGUUCAAGUGAACCAACCCCCGAGUGCCAUGGCUCCCAAUGUUCGAUUCUCGGGUCUAGCUCCUAACAUUGGUAUUGAUACCUAUUCAUACAUGAGACAAUCCAUGAUGCCAUCAGCUCUUACCCUCCCUUCGUACCAGUUGGCACAGUUACAACAGGCUGCAGCAGCUGCCGCUACUUCUGUUGGUAAUUCAUUUGGACUGGGUACAGGUGCCAUGCCAGCUAACAUGCCACUUGGUAGUCAUCUCAUGGCCAACCAACCGGGCCCUUCUCCAAUUACCUAUAACUCAUCACCACAAGGUGCUACCCCCUUUCCCUUCCUCUCUCUUAUCUUCCUCUUCCUACACGUACUUUUAUGUAUUAUCCCCUUUUCUCUUUCAAUGGUACAUUUGUGUAUCAUUUCAUCUAAAGGUUUAGGUAAUCUAGGCUCAGCUGUGUUAAGUGCCUCUGCUAAUAAUCCCUCAAAUAAGAUUGCAUCCGAGCAACAGCUAAUGCACUCCUAUCAGCUACCAGGGAUGCAGCAAUACCAAGCUGCUAUGUCGCAGGGGCCUCACUAUGGCAGGUAUAUACACCAGAAGCAGAGAGAAGGCCCAGAAGGGGGUAACCUAUUCAUCUAUCAUUUACCAAAUGACAUUAAGGAUAGCGAUCUGGCCAACAUGUUCUCCCAAUUUGGUAAAGUCAUCAGUGCCAAGGUCUUCCUUGACAAGCACACUAAUUUAAGCAAGUGCUUUGGGUUUGUUAGUUUUGAGACGUCUCAAGCCGGCCAGGCAGCAAUACAGGCCAUGAAUGGUUUUCAAAUAGGCACAAAGAGACUGAAGGUCCAACUAAAGAGGCCCAAAGAGGCUAAUAAACCAUACUGGUGAGAUCAUAAUGGAAAUGUGUAAUUAUUUUCUCUUUCAUCACUGUAUAUUUUAUUUUUAAAUUUUCUGGCACUAUUAAUGUUGUGUAUACACAUUAUAUAUGAAUAUUAUAUAAAUACAUGUGUACAUGUAUAUAUAGACAAUGUCCACCAUUUUGUUUGAAUGUUUGUUUGUCUCCUCCCACACAGAGGUUACAUGUACGUGUCAAGUUGUGUCUGUCAUGUGAUGUGUCCACUCCUAUGUGUAAACUCAUAUUUCAUUUGUUUAUUAUUAUUAUUAUUGUGUACUGCACUCUCUCCCAGAUUAAUUUUCCGUUGUCGCCAUUUUGUUUAUUUUUUUGUUAAUUAAUGUGGCAACUCAUCUUGUAAUAAUAUAAUAAUGUAUUUAUCUUUCUGAGAAAAAGAACAUUAUUUUUCAUUACAGUACAUAUAAUCAAAAUAUUUCAAA